GAGAGAGAGAGAGAGAGUGAUAGAAAAGAAGGAGGAAAGGUGACGUGUACAUAUAAAAGAAAGAGAUAGAGAAUGUGCAUUGAGACAAGGAUACACGUUGGUAGCAAUACGUGCACUCUGGAGCCACCGCUGUGAGAGAGACAAAGACAGAAGGAUUUUAAGUCAGACAGACAGGGAGUGAGAGAGAAAGAAAGAAAGAAAGAGAAGUUUCUUUCGAUCACGCGUCGAGGAAGAUGCGUUCGCGCGUAUUAGUAACGCGGAGGACGACGAGGAAAGAGAGGAGGCGCCAUCGCGAAAUCGUCUUGGUGUUGAAUUUAGCGUGAGUCAGUCGUCCCGUCGUGGAUCGUAACGGGCGGCCACCACGUACAAGAUGGCUUCGGGCGACAAUGUGGACGCGAUCGAGGUGGUCGAGACGAGCUUCACCGGACCGGCCCAACCUGCUGCUGCUACUUCCGAGGAUUCCACGAGGGCCGAUCAGUCAGCCGAAGACGACAAUAAAUCCACGGGAGAAAAAGUAACUGCACUCGAUAAUUCAAUAACACAGCAUGGAACGGCGGGGCUCAAAACCCCUGCGGGGGUGUCGAGAAAUAAAUCGGAAAGGGAAAGGAAAAUUGGACAUCGUCGAGUUGGAGUGGGAGGUGAAAUUACGUACAAAAAGAUACAAACGACACAGAUUAUGGGAUCUAUACAACUUGGUAUACAACAUGCGGUCGGUGGUCUGGCAAGUAAGCCAGAACGAGAUUUGCUCAUGCAAGACUUCAUGACCGUCGAGACAACGAAUUUUCCAAGCGAGGGAUCGAAUCACACUCCUGCACAUCACUUUUCCGAAUUUAAAUUUAAAAAUUACGCCCCAAUUGCAUUUCGAUAUUUUAGGGAUCUCUUUGGUAUUCAACCGGAUGACUUUUUGAUGUCAAUGUGUAGCGCCCCUUUGCGCGAGUUAUCCAAUCCGGGUGCCAGCGGAAGUAUAUUCUAUUUAACGGAGGAUGAUGAAUUUAUUAUUAAGACUGUACAACAUAAAGAGGGAGAGUUCUUGCAAACUCUUCUACCAGGAUAUUACAUGAAUUUGAAUCAGAAUCCAAGAACAUUGUUACCUAAAUUUUUUGGCUUGUAUUGUUAUCGGUGUAACAGUAAAAAUGUUCGAUUAGUAGCUAUGAAUAAUCUCCUUCCUUCAGCAGUAAAAUUGCAUCAAAAAUACGAUCUCAAAGGAUCCACGUAUAAAAGAAAAGCAUCAAAGUCAGAAAGAUCAAAGUCGUCUCCGACGUAUAAGGACUUAGAUUUUAUGGAGCAUCAUCCAGAAGGAAUUUUUCUGGAAGCUGACACGUACAAUGCUCUAGUUAAAACAAUUCAACGAGAUUGCCGGGUAUUGGAAAGCUUCAAGAUUAUGGAUUAUUCGCUUCUUGUUGGAAUACAUAAUCUGGAUCAGGCUGCAAGAGAAAAAACUGAACAAAGAAUAUCGGCCAGUGCGGACGACGAAGUUGGCGAGAUGACUGGCGAGGGUGGAGCUUUUAAUCAAGCGGAAAGGGAACGUGACAGGGAAGAUAGAAUAGGUGCUACGGCAUUGAAUCGAUCGAGAAGCAUAAACAGGCAAAGAUUGGUCGCACAUAGUACAGCUAUGGAAAGUAUUCAAGCUGAAAGCGAACCAAUUGACGAAGAGGAUGAUGUUCCUCCUGGCGGUAUACCUGCAAGAAAUGCUCGUGGUGAACGGCUAUUGCUAUUUCUUGGUAUCAUUGACAUUUUGCAGAGCUACAGGCUUAAGAAGAAGCUCGAGCAUACGUGGAAAUCGAUGAUACACGAUGGUGAUACAGUAUCAGUACAUCGACCAGGAUUUUAUGCUCAGCGUUUUCAAGACUUUAUGGCCAAGACAGUAUUCAAGAAGAUACCUUCACUGGACCUGCCUGAGAUUAAGGGGAACCAUCGCAAAUUCCGUAACCUCGUCACCAGCUACAUAGCACUGAAACAUUCCCCAUCGAAACGAAAAAGUAUAACGAGGCCGUUGAGGCCACUCGAGGGUGACUUCGAUUCAACCGCGGUGGCGGCUAUGGGAACCUCGACAAUGCAUGCUACGUCACCCACGAAGCCCGGCAGCCCAACGGAUAUCGUACCUUCCACCACCAGUACAGUUAUGUCGAGUGGUUCGGUCCCAAUUGCCACUUCCACACCUGUAAAUCUAGCAGCUGGUCCAGUAAGUCCACCACCAUUGAGCUUGGGCAUCACCCAAUCUGUUCCCCAUCAAGAACAGAACGCUUUGGGUGGUGGGAAAUCAACAACAACAGCUGGAUCAACAACAGCAACCAGUUACCCGGCCGUAUUGAAGGGAAGAAGUGGUGCGAGUCCUCCUAAUCCUAAUCUGGUACCUUCUGGAAAGGUUCCACCACCUGUACCACCUAGAGGCUCAGGUGCAAGGUCUGCCAGAUCACCUGGACCUACCACAACCUCCUCGUCUUCGAUAACUUCCAGUCGAGGUGACGAAGCAGCCCUAAUCACGAGCAGACAAUACCGCUUGCAUGACAGUUCGACUAUCCUGCAUCACCGUCCCUUACCCUACAAUACUUCUACUACUACUACUACUACUACUACUACUACUACUUUCGACACCCCCACAACCAUUUUCAACACUACCACCAUCACCACUACUACCACCACCACCACCACCACCACCAUCGGCACCAAUGAAUAUCCAACAAUGUCAGCCUCGAUCUACGACGCAUUGCAUGCUCGUGCAUUCACUCCAGCCUUUUUACCACCCUGCCAUGAGAACCUACCCCUCGUCGAUGAUGUCAUCCGAAACAGGGGUAUCAUCGUCGAGGAACCACCCGAGCAACAAGACGACGAAGAGGAGGAAUUCGUUAGCGUUGAAAAAAUCGACGAUCGUUAUUUCAUCAAAACUAGUCCUUAUCCUUUCAGACCUGAAAGAAGGAAAUACAAAUCUACGACAGACGUAACAAUGCAAUCAACCAAAUCAUACCCCCCCAUCGAAGACAUUUCUAAACCAACUAAGAAAAUCGAUCAUAUGGCUAAAUUCACUUAUUUCAUAAACCCGGCUUCCAGAGAUGAUCUCAUGAAUUAUAAAAUGUCGCGAAAAGAUAAAAAACAUUCGGAAACUUAUCACGAACGAAUGAAACGUAAACAGAUGGAAAUCGAUGCUUCGAUCAAUACGAUCACUGCGAUUACUCAACAAAACCAAUCAGAUAUUCAAUUCGAUCCAAAAUCUCGAUCAUGGAGAAUGUUUGAUUCAACUGAGAAAUUUCCAAACGAGUCAACCAAUGUUAUCUCGAGAACGACCGAACAGAAUCCUUCCAAAAUUGUCGAAGUUAAGAAAGAAAAUCGUUUGUUAAAAAAAAUCAAAGAAAAAUCUAUCAAAAAGAAGAAAAGAUUGGCACCAAUACCAAAUUCGAAGAGACAAUUCAAUCGAGAUUUUGACGAGGCUGGACAAAAAAGGAUCAUGAAAGAAAUCGAAAAAGUGUCCUUGGAAAAGGAUUCAAGUUCUAGCACUUACGUUGAUGGUACUGCAUCUUGCGAUAACGUCAACAUCGAUAUCCAAAGUGUUGAUACUUCUUAUCAACGUUCGACACACUACUACGAUCAGGUUGAUCAAAGAUUAGAAAACAUUAGAAAGGAUCAUCGGGAAAGGAUCUUUAGUCCAAUUGCUUCUACCAGUUCGAAGGAACCACAAUCCGGCAAAUUUCUGACCAAAUUUACUCGAAAAGAAUCGAAGAUGACGAAAAUGAAAAGUGGAUUGAAUAAGAAGACUGUUAUUCGAGAUCAAAGUUUUCUUUCGACGGGAGAAAACGACGAGGGAAUAAAUUUAAAAGAUAAAUCCGACAAAUUGAAACCGAAUUAUUCGUUCUUGCACAGUUACAAGAACACUUGUGGCACCCUCCCCUCUACCUGUUCCACCCCGCCCCCACCUUUUGACGAUGCAGUCCGGUCUAACGACCAGACACUGGCUUCCGGUGGUCAUCUACAGCAAGCUGUUACUACAAGUAUACUCACCAGCAGCUUGAGCAGUGCCCAUUCCAAACACAACAAGGUCGUUCAUCACGUUACUCUUACCAAAUCAAAUCAUGAUGCGGUCAGUAUAUCGGACGUACACUUGGAGAGUAGUGGAAGUGGAAGUGGUAGCGGUGGUAGGGAAACUAAAUCAUCGCUAAGCGUUGAAAGUGGUGGUAGCAGUCGUGGUGGAGGCGGCUUAACGUGGACACCACCUGCUGGUAGUGCUGAAGGAUCAACACCUACCUGGACGGAAGGGACACCAUCUUUUACUGAAAGUUCAAGCAGCGGUGAUAUAGGUAUCGUUAGCCUGGAUAAUUUCGUAACUCGUUCUAAUCGUAGGAGAAAGUGUUAAGUUAAUUGACGAAUUGUUUUUUUUUUUUUUUUUUUUUUUUUUUU